AUCCUUUUGGCCAAUCACCUCGACAACGUCAAACACCCCCUCCAUACCUUUGACAUCAUCUAAGAGACAUCAAGAUAAUAUGGUGCAUUUGUGUUAAUGUGUGUAUGCGUGUGAGAGAGAGAAAGAGGAAGCGUUCGGUGUGUGGCAUGAGUGGAGGGUGGGGGGAUAAAGCAUAUAUAGACACCUCAUUCUUUCACAUGAGAUGUUAAUAACAUACUCGCUCAGCUCAUGCAAACACACAUCGACAUACAAACAGAAGCCGCAUCAAAUCCGAUUCACUCAAAGUGGAAAGAGCAAGACAGAGAUGCCCGCAGCAGGUGCCAGAAAUUGAGUUGAGACUGAGAGAGUCAGAGAGAUGGAGCAGGACUAAAACCCUUUGCCAGCCUAGAAAAUUUGAAAACUAUCAUUGAAUUUUUGUGUCUUUGUUUUCUUUUGCAUCUGUGUUCAUUUUUGUGAGUGAGUUUAUCUAAGCCCAUUCAUCUAUAUUUCAUUAGUGGUAUAUUUGGGACCAUCAUCACUUGCACCAUGCUGUGCUCUUCUGUAUUUGUGGUGCUUGUAGCCCUGCUGAUCCAUCCAGUGCCUGGCCACACACGAGCUCUGCACAACCCAGACAAAGCCAUGCAGGUCAUCAAUCAGUUCUUUGAGCGCUACAAUGACCUUUUGAGUCUUGAUGAUCUUGAGAACCUCACAAGUGACCAAUCAGAGGAACCCAUGCAGACGUUCAAUUCUGGUCUGAAGGUUGCAGAAUACCCUAAGUGGACUGAUAUACCCGUGCAGACAGAGAACGCCUGGCUCCGCCUUUUAAAGGGGGCUUUGGUUAAUCAAAAGCGAGCUCCACCAGACCGGUUUCGAAGGGGUUGGAACCGAGGUUGUUUUGGUCUGAAAUUGGACCGGAUUGGCUCAAUGAGUGGUCUUGGGUGCUAAAAACGGACUGGGAAAUGAACCGAGAUGGCUGCUGUCCUACUUAAUUUAGUAGAGGAUAUGACCAAACUCUUGUCUGGUCUGGUCUGGUUUGGUCUGGUCUGGUCAGGAGCAUGAGGGUUGUACUGUACAAAACUACUGUAGGUGGACAAAUUCAUUAGAAUGUGUUUCAUUAUAGUUGAUUUUUUUACACUGGAUUUAAAGUUAUAUGUUGUUUUAUUCUAUUUGUAUAUUUAUUUCUUUUAAAGAGUAGCAAAAAUGUGUUUUAUUUGUUCCUUGAAAUGUAGAUGAGUUGCAUUUUGAUAUUUUGUUAUCAUUUGAAUAGUGAACAAGAUGUUGAAGUGAUAGACAUGCCUGUAUCAAACUGUUUUAAAGAUUAUGCAUGUUUUAUGAAACGUAGUGCUUGCAUAAUAAAUAAAUAAAUGUCUCCCAAGUCUAUUUGUUUAUGCGUUCUGCGUGUAUCUUAAUUGCUUUGCUGAUUUUAAGACCAUAAGGGAUUUUAUUAUGCUUUCUAAACCAUGCAAGGUACUCCUUCACUUCUUCUCCCACACGCUGUUAAUCAAGGUGCACCACCUGUCAUAACCUAUUUAUUUCUCAUGAACUGCUUUCCCUCAUUUAAUUAAUCCCAAACCUGUAAAUAAUGUAUGCUUAUGCAAAUGUAUUUUACCAUAUAAAUUAAUUUUCAAUAUGA